UGGCUGAUUUCUUCUCGUUCAACUCUUUUGGCAUGAAGCCAGCACUCUGACUGCACAUAUUGGUUUCCUCUGAACUGAUGAAAACUGAGCUUUUCUGGCACCAUGCUGUGUUUUCUGAUCCUGAAUGAUAACUAAUGGACUCAGAUUGAGGCUUGAAUCCACCUACCAACCCCAUGGAGCAGGAUGUGGAGAGCCCGGCCCUCAUCAGGAAGCCCAAGCUGCCGAAGCAGGCCCGGGAGGACCUGCCCAAGCAGCUGGCGGAAAUGGACCGGGCCAAGAGGAUCCAGCGCUACGUCCAGAAGGACGGCAAGUGCAACGUGCACCACGGGAACGUCCGGGAGACGUACCGCUACCUGACGGACAUCUUCACCACGCUGGUGGACCUGAAGUGGAGGUUCAACCUCUUCAUCUUCGUGCUGGUGUACACGGUGACGUGGCUCUUCUUCGGCUUCAUGUGGUGGCUCAUCGCCUACCUGCGGGGCGACCUGGACCACAUAGCGGACAACCAGUGGACUCCCUGCGUCAACAACCUCAACGGGUUCGUGUCGGCGUUCCUGUUCUCCAUCGAGACGGAGACCACCAUCGGGUACGGAUACAGAGUCAUCACGGACAAAUGCCCCGAGGGGAUCGUUCUGCUUCUGGUCCAGUCGGUGCUGGGAUCUAUCGUCAACGCCUUCAUGGUGGGCUGCAUGUUCGUCAAGAUCUCGCAGCCCAAGAAGCGAGCGGAGACUCUAGUGUUUUCCACCAAUGCGGUCAUCUCCAUGAGAGACGGCCGGCUGUGCCUGAUGUUCAGGGUGGGAGACCUCCGGAACUCGCACAUCGUGGAGGCCUCCAUCCGGGCCAAGCUCAUCAAGUCCAAGCAGACCAAGGAGGGGGAGUUCAUCCCCCUCAACCAGACGGACAUUAAUGUGGGCUACAACACGGGGGACGACCGGCUCUUCCUGGUCUCGCCGCUCAUCAUCUGCCACGAGAUCAACCAGCACAGCCCCUUCUGGGAGAUCUCGCAGGCCCACCUGGCCAAGGAGGAGCUGGAGAUCGUGGUGAUUCUGGAGGGCAUGGUGGAGGCCACGGGCAUGACGUGCCAGGCGAGGAGCUCGUACGUCAGCAGCGAGAUCAAGUGGGGCUACCGCUUCACGCCCGUCCUGACGCUGGAGGACGGCUUCUACGAGGUGGACUACAACAGCUUCCACGACAUCUACGAGACCGACACGCCCGCCUGCAGCGCCCGAGAGCUGGCCGACAUGGCCAACCGCGCGCGCCUGCCCCUCACCUGGUCGCUGGCCAGCAAGCUGAGCCAGCAGGGGCUGCCGGAGUCGGAGCAGGAGGGCCAGGAGACCAGAACCAGCCCGGACAGCCAGGCCAAGAGCCGGCAGACCGAGAGGAACGGGGACAUUGCCAACAUAGAGAGCGAGUCCAAAGUGUAGCGGGGGCGGCGGGCGGCCAGCUUCAGGUCGGUGUGAGAUUCCCAGACUGUACUGUAGGCCCCCGCCCCCGCCGAGGGGGGGGGGGGGCCGCACAACCAGGACCCAUGAGCACAGUAGACCAAGUAUUCCUGCACCAAGAACCGCUUCUUUCUCAGUGAUUCACAGUUACUCCCCCUCAAAAAACAAGAAGAAAACACACACACACACACACGCACACGCACGCGCGUAGACAUGUGGCCGGACUGAAACCCCUCUGCGGCAAGUGCAUGUUUCAGAUAUAAUGUGAUGUCCUCCUGAUGAGAUUCCCAUUAUUUUUUCUAUUAAGAUAUUCCUAGGGGCAUUUGCAUACGUAUUUUUGUAUAUACUAUACAACGUUUUGAAUUCUCUGUUUUGUUGCGGUGUGAAUAUUUGACAGAUGUUUGAUACUGAUUCCUUAUAGAUUAGCUCUGUAUAUAUUCUCUGCCUUACUGUAUGUAUAAAGCUUUCAUUUUGUUUUUGGGUUGUUUUUUUUUUCAGAAAUAUAUAAGCAUGUAUAAACAUUACCUGCAGUUAUUUUACCUUGUAUUGUGUAUAUACUGUACGAUUAUAGUGUUAUAAGGACAAACAUACAUCUCAAUGGAUGCAAACUAGUUGAAACCAAUGACCGAUUCUUCCCCAAAUGUUUGCCGAAGGUGGUUCUGUCGACGCGAAGCCACGACUGGCAUCAGACAACGGCCCUUUAAAAACUGCUUUUUGUCACUUUUGCACACUGGAGGCCUCUGGUGGAGAAAGUUAGCCGCUCUUUUCAGUCUCCAGGAACCCCCCCUUCACAUGUCACCUGAACAGUAUCCACCAUAAAUAAACAGUAAGUUGCUUAUUAUGCACU